AUGAAAAAAGCGAACCCAAACGGUAAUACGAGAGAAGCGAAGCGUGGAAGAAAGUGCACAAGAAGAGAACAGCUGCAGAGGAACUUGAGGUUCGGUGAGGGACCAAAGAAUUUCAAGAAACGAAUGAAAAGGAGGCCUGCAGUGGCUCGAAGUAAUUUAAGGACCGUCACCCUCUGGAAUGGUGUGACAGAGGAGGCCAUAGAAUCUGGUCCCGGUAUAGGUCAGACACUCGAUGGAAAGACGGAAGAAAAGGGGAAAGCGAUUGCACGAGUCGAGGUUUCGGAUCCGCCCAGCAAAGAGCCGGAACCUCCUCAUGUGGCCAAUGAGUAUCCUUGGGAAUGCGUCGAAGUUGUCAUAGAUGAUGACUCAGAAGCGCCUCCUCCAAUAUCCAUGUCUGAAGAAUUAAAUGUAAGAAAAAGGAUCCUGACUGAAACGACAAAGUUAGAAGAAUACGAUAUCGAAAAAAUUACAAUGUUCCACCAAAUAUUUUGCAAUGCUUAUAACGAUGUCAUCGAUUACACCAAUUAUCUUUGGAAAUUUCUCGAAGAGCAAUCAGACUCCCUGGACUGGUUUGAGAUGUAUUGGGAAGACCUUGUCUCAACCAAGGAUCUUUUUGAAGACGUUGAUAAAGAUCCGGAGACUCUGCUUUCGCCGGUGGUGAUCAUGAGGAGAUUUCAUCAAUCUUUCACAUUCCUUGGAGGUAUCUGGAAAGCGAUAUUAGACCAGAAUUGGGGAAACCUAGAGAUUCCAUUGCAAAGGAUCGUGACGAUGAGCAGUGUCCAAUCUAUCAUGAAGUCAGUUGAGCCUCAAUGUGAUAAUCAUGAUUUCGACAAAGCUGGCUGCCGUUAUCCUGACGGGAAGCUCCAGUCUGCGAAGGAUUUGUUUGCUGAAGAUUUUCAUUCAAUCAAGAGGGUUCAACUAUUUAAGAUGGAACCGCCAGAUAAAAAAAGCAGCUUGGUGGAAGAACGUGCAUACAUGUGGAUCAAGAAGCUCACGGGAUGCCCGUGUGGGACGUGGUGUGCAGGACCUUCACGAAGUUUAUGA